AUGACGCAGUUUUUUGUGAAUUCGGGAGUAAUGAGCUUAGAUCUAUGCGCGGACGCAUGCGACGGGACAACAGCAAAGUUGUUCGCGAUAGAGGAGUUUUCUACGUUAAAAUACGAAUCCGUUGAGCUGAUUGAGGCAACUUGUCUCUGGAUAGGAAUAAACAAUAUCUCGAACGGCACUGCUGGACUUCUGAAACUAAGACGUAUUGAUUCCAAAGAAACUUUUAUUUCGGCACCCUAUCUUGCCGUUGUGGGUUGGUGGUCUGAAGCAAUAACAGAAGCAGAAACAACAACAAAUGUAGAAGAAACAACAGAAGCAGAAACGAUAACAGAAGCAGAAACAGCAACGAAAGCAGUUACAACAACGGCGAAUGGAUUGCUAACAAUAACAUCAUCAAUAACAACAACAGCAGAAACAACAGUAGUCACAACAGCAAAAGAAACUACAGUUGUCACAACAGCAAUAGCAACUACAGUGGUCACAACAGCAGCAGACACUACAGAGGUCACAACAGGAGCAGAAACUACAACCCCAGAAGCAGAAACUACAGAGACAGAUUGGUCAGCCGCAGCAACAACCGAACAAACAUCGACAGAGACUGAGCCUGUGGUCACCGACCAACCAACGAUGAACACAGGAGCUUCUUCAUCACCUGACGGCCAAACAAGUGCCGUAGAGACCAGCACACUCCUGUCCAGUCACGUAACGGUCUCCGGGGGUAUAUGUAAAUGUAGAUGUAAGAACUUCUCUAAUAUGACAAGAGAAGAGCUGAUUGCGAGGUUGAAAGCUCUGCGAGCUGAACUCGGUGUAAACGUAACAGAACUGUCGUCUUACCUUCGGAAAUUCAUCAGCGUUCCCGAUAGCCGUCCGUCCGCUGUAGGGGUAGGGGUCGUGGGCGUGGUAAUCCUUGCGUUUGUGGUAGGUACCAUUGCUGUUUUGGACCUUACUACAUUCUUGAAACCCAAGAAGUAG